AUGAGGUCGCGUUUGAUGCAAAAAACGGUUCCACAUCACCCCCAAGAAAGUUUUGCUGUUACGAUCUUCACUUCAUUAUGGUCUGACAAGGACUACUCACCCUCAGCACCAAAGAAAGCCAAGAAGCUAGCCCUCACUGAGUUUUUGGCCGACGAAAGUCUCGGAUCAUGGGCGGAUGAGAUGGAUAGCCUGCCAACUGCUCCGACGAUAAAAACUGAUGAGGACCGCGCAAGAGACAGGGAGGGGCGGCGUGGAGGAGACUACGGCGGAAGGGAAAGAGACUUCCCUCCUCGAUAUUAUCCUCCACGUGAGGAACUACCGCUGCCCACGAAACCCCCAUACGUAGCAUUUGUUGGGAAUCUGGCUUUUGAUAUCCACGAAGAAAUUAUUGCAGAAUACUUUUCUCCGAAUGUCAUCAAGGACAUCAAGAUUAUCAGGGAUCGAGAAGACCACCACCCCAAAGGUUUUGGCUACGUCGAAUUUGACACCCUGGAUGGCUUGAAAGACGCAUUAUCGAGAACCGGAGGACAACUUGCUGGGCGAAGCGUCCGGGUCAGCGUCGCAGAACCCCCCAAGGAACGCACCCAUUUGGAAGACGAACGCUUAGCUGGUCCAUGGCGGCGAGAAGGCCCACUGCCACCACUGCCCCCUCCAUAUACAGAGCGCGCAGGUUUUGGUGGGAAUUUUGCUGGUCGUACGGGACAAGAUGGAGAUGGGACAGGUCCACCACUUGCUCUCACGAACGAUGACUGGCGAAGCAAUCGUACCUCUCGCCCGCCUCCUCCGCCUGAGCGGGAACGCAGCGGCCCUCCCCGACGGACUUCAGUCCCCCCCGAACUUACGAGCCAUCCGGCUCAUGCGGAAUUCACAUGGACGAAGGGAAGCAAAUUCCAUCCUUCUGUUGAUGUGUCUCCACCUCCAGAGCGCAGGAGUAUGUUUGGUGGGAGGCGUGGGGACGGGCUCGGGUCUGGGUCCAACCCUGAUGAAGUCGAUUGGCGUGCCGCACCCAGGCGUACACUUUCACAAUCCGGAUCAACUCGUGGUAGCCCAAACCCCUCGAAUCCGACUACACCUCAGCUAGGCGGUCGCCGUAAGCUCGAGUUACUCCCUCGAGGCAGCUCAACCCCACCUGCAGAAUCCCCUAUGACAUCACCCAAAUCUUCAACCGUGCCCUCCGCUAAAUCUAAUCCCUUCGGCAAUGCAAAACCUGUGGAUGCCUCGGCUAAGGAGAAGGAAGUUGCAGAGCGUCUCGAACAGGAAAAAGACCGCAUCGCUCGUGCUGCUAGAGAAAAGGAGAAGGAGCGCUCGGGUUCAGGCUUUGGAACCAGUUAUACUCGGCCGACAUCUAUGACUCGCACUGAAUCUCAUAAAUCCUCUUCCGCCCUUCAAGCAGCUCCAGCCUCCCCAUCAGCCACAUCUCCAUCUCUCCCUGCUUCUCAGUCCGCCCCUCACAAAUUUGCCAAAGAUGCUGGUGCUGUUAGACCAAAAUUUAGUUUCGCAGCUGCCGCCGCAGGUGCGAAAGGUCCUGUCGAGGCCACGGAUGGAACGCAUACAGCCGCAAAAACCGAGUCAUCGAAUGGCGACGCUGAGUCCCUUGCCAAUGGGGAGGUGCUGAACGAGAUUACUGGAGACGAUACUGUAGAAGAGGCGAGUCGGAAACUUGGAGAAGUGACCAUCUAA